CAGCGAAGCCAUUGAGGAAGACGCCGAGCAAGAUAUUAUUUCAGUUCCUGCUGUUUUAAAGAACAAUGCUCGCGGUCCGCCAGUUAUCACUCCACCACAGCUUAAUCCAGAGAAACCGGUUGUAGCUCAUUUGCCAAUGCAACCUCCCGUCCAACAUGGCCGUUUAUUUGGCGGUGCAAUGACUGAUGAGAGAAUGUUAAAAAUUCAAGGCAUUUCGAAUGAUGUUGUCACCGCUAUGCAUUCGUUAGUUUUGACUUUUAAUAUUAUUUUUAUAAAAUUCAGAUCGCUUUCGUCUAUCCCUGAAAAUGCUGUAACCGAAGCCCCUCGCGGAUUGCGUAUUGAUCUGUUGCCUCAUCAAAAGACUGGUCUUACAUGGCUGCUAUGGCUGGAAUUCUUGCUGACGACAUGGGAUUGGGAAAAACUCUUUCUCUGAUUUCUCUCAUACUUCACAAGAAAAAUGCUCGAAAAACUGAUCCGGCAGUUGUUGAACGAGAGAAUCACUUACGACGAAAUUGUGUUUUUGGUCUAAUUUUUAAA